UUUCCGGUCAGAACAGGCACACUCUUGACGCUAAUGUUACUAUCGUGUCUUUUUGCUUCGUGUUAGCUUUCAAUGGAUGAUUUAUUUGAGCAACUGGGUAACAUGAAUUGAAAUAUUCACACGCUUCUCAUAAACCGUCCGUAAUCUUGCCUCCCGGAGCUGUUUUGUUGCGGUCUGUGCUGUAACCUUGGCGUGCAUGCUUCGUUUGUAGCCGACCAGAAUAAAACACAAAUAUGUCAGCUGUGUGUCGAGGACUCUUAUCGGCCAAGAUAGUCACAGAAGCCACAGUUUUGUCACCUUGCACCUGGUUUCUGUCCACACGCAGCAAAUUUACCAAAGCAAGAGUCCCAAAGGAGGUUUUUACGGAGAGAUCGGCUGAGCACGAGAAGUACGGCGGCGAUCCGGAGCAGCCUCAUAAGCUGCACAUCGUGACGCGCGUCAAAAGUGUAUUGCGGAGGCCGUACUGGGAGAAAGAUUUAGUCAGAUACCUCGGACUCCAUAAGGCCCACACUCCUGUAAUCCACAAAAACACCCCUGCAGUGAAUAAUCAACUGAAAUUGGUGAAACACCUGGUGAGGAUCCAGCCACUGAAGACGCCCUACGGACUCCCUGCUGAGGAGGACAUGGCCGACACCUACAUCAACAGCAGAGGAGAGCUCAUCGUACGCCGCCUCCUCAAACCUGUAGACCACAAGCAGAUUGAAUCUUAGCUCCGCUGUCGCGUCACCGUCGUUAAUAAAUGUCAUAGAAAACCCGUGCUGUUGCUGUU